AUGAAAGUUGUUGGACACUCAUGGACCACUAGAGAUGGCGCAGAAAGGUUCCAACAUUCCACAGCCACUAUAUCAAAGUACUUUGGCAUAGUGUUGAAAGCAGUCAAUAAAAUUGCAGUAAGGCUCAUUAAACCACCAGAUAUGGGUGUGGUUCCAAAUCCCUUAUCGAGGACGAAAAGCAAAAACAACACAAAAUAUAUGCUAUUUACUUAUGUAAUAGCAGGAUGGGAAGGCACUGCGAAUGAUGCUAGAAUACUAAUGGAGACAAUUGCAAAUCCAGAUAAUGAUUUUCCAAUGCCACCAAAAGGUAUGAUAUCUACAUUUCAUUCAUGUAAAUAUUAUCUUGUGGACUCUGGAUUUCAAAAUAUCCCUGGAUUUCUAGCACCAUUUCGAGGAGCUACCCGUCAUUUUCAAGAGAUGAGGCGUAGAGGCGGACCAAGAGGGCGUAAAGAAUUAUUCAACUUCCGGCAUUCAAGUCUGCGUAAUGUGAUUGAGCGUUGCUUCGGAGUUUUAAAGGCAAGGUUUCCGAUUCUAAAGUUCAUGCGGUCGUAUAGCUUGAGGAAGCAAACAAGUAUUGUCAUUGCUUGUUGCGCCUUACAUAAUUUCAUCAAGAUUCAUGCCGAAGAUGAUAAACUAUUUCAUGAAUAUGAAAAUUAUGAAGAUGAAGAAGGUUCGACUUCUGGGGUUGAACUACCACUCACUGAGUUCAACGUCAGCUAUGCAGCAACACGUGAGAUGACCGAGAAGCGUGAUGCCAUUGCUAACCAGUUAUGGAGUGAUAAUCAUGUUUAG